AUGGAUUCUUGUGCGCCCAACAAGUUUGGGGCUUCACAAAAGCUCAUGGCUUUGGCCCAACAGCUGCGCCAAUACAAGCCAACUUCAACACCAUUUGAUGAUGAUGAGAAGGAACAGAAAUUGGAGGAGAGUGCAGGGAAAUUGGUUUCCCAACUGGGUUUUGCUGAAUCUGUAACCCCUGUUGCUCAACAGCCACCUGAGAGGUUCAGACCUAAGAGAGCUGCAGUCCUCAUCUGCCUCUUUGAAGGGGAUUCUGGAGAGUUUAGAGUCAUUCUCACUAAGAGAUCGUCAAAGCUUUCCACUCAUUCUGGUGAAGUUUCAUUGCCUGGAGGUAAGGCAGAUGAGACAGACGCCAAUGAUGCUGAGACAGCAACGAGGGAAGCAAAGGAAGAAAUCGGGUUGGAUCCUUCUCUUGUACAUGUUGUCACUUGUCUUGAACCAUUCUUGUCAAAGCAUCUCCUUAGAGUAAUUCCUGUUAUUGGCAUACUGUCCAACAAGAAGGACUUCAAUCCCUCUCCGAAUGCUGCUGAAGUAGAAGCUGUAUUUGAUGCUCCCUUGGAAAUGUUUCUCAAGGAUGAAAAUCGAAGAUCAGAAGAAAGAGAAUGGAUGGGCGAGAAGUAUCUGAUCCAUUUUUUUGACUAUGAAAUGAACGAUAAAAAGUACCAGAUAUGGGGUUUAACUGCCGGAAUUUUGAUUAGGGCAGCAUCAAUUGUGUAUCAGAAGCCACCUGCUUUCCUAGAGCAAAAUCAAAACCAAAGUUCCUAG